GAAGCCGUCGGGACGGACCCGAGUACCUCACGCAAGAUGGCGGAGCUGGAGGAGGUGACUCUGGACGGGAAGCCUCUUCAGGCGCUGCGGGUGACCGACCUGAAGGCCGCACUAGAGCAGCGAGGCCUAGCCAAGAGCGGGCAGAAGAGUGCCCUGGUCAAGCGGCUCAAAGGGGCUCUAAUGCUAGAAAAUUUACAGAAACACUCAACACCCCAUGCUGCAUUUCAGCCAAAUUCCCAGAUUGGCGAGGAAAUGAGCCAGAACAGUUUCAUAAAGCAGUAUCUGGAAAAGCAGCAGGAGCUACUUAGGCAGCGUCUGGAACGUGAAGCUCGAGAAGCUGCAGAACUUGAAGAAGCUUCAGCUGAGUCGGAGGACGAGAUGAUCCAUCCUGAGGGAGUGGCUUCCCUGCUGCCUCCUGACUUUCAGAGCAGCCUGGAGAGACCAGAGCUGGAGCUCAGCAGACAUUCGCCCAGAAAAAGCUCCUCUAUUUCUGAAGAGAAAGGCGACUCUGAUGAUGAGAAACCAAGGAAAGGAGAAAGACGAUCAUCCAGGGUCAGACAGGCAAGAGCAGCUAAACUCUCAGAGUGCAGCCAGGUUGCUGAGGAGGAAGAGGAUCAAGAGACACCUUCCAGAAAUCUGAGGAUCAGAGCAGAUCGAAAUUUGAAAACAGAGGAGGAAGAAGAGGAGGAAGAGGAAGAGGAAGAAGAGGAGGAAGAGGAGGAAGAGGAGGAGGGAGUAAAAUCUAGGGAAGCACCAGUUCUGAAACAGUUUGAGGAAGAAGAGGGGAAAGAGAUGCUGAGAGCAAAACCAGAAGAGGUGAUGGAUGAGAGACCCCAAACCAUAAGAUCACAAGAACAGGAGGGGUUAGAGAAAGGAGGGAGAGUUACAAGGUCCCAGGAAGAGGCUAGUAGAAAAAGUCAUCUGGCCAGACAUCAGCAGGAGAAAGAGAUGAAGACAGCUUCUACCCUUGAGGAAGAAGAAAGAGAAACAAAAUCUUCAAAGGUCUUGGAGGAAAAAUCAAAGUCUCCUUCCCCUCCUCGAUUGACUGAAGAUCUGGAAAAGGCCCCUCUUAUGCUACAACCAGAACAAACUGCCAGUGAGGAGGAGACUCCCCCACCUUUACUUACCAAGGAAGCAUCUUCACCACCACCUAAUACACAACUUCAGAGUGAAGAAGAAGCAGAGCCCAUGGAAGGCCCAGCCCCCCCUGUUCUCAUUCAGUUAUCUCCUCCUAAUACAGAUGCUGAGGCCAGGGAGCUAUUAAUAGCUCAGCAUACUGUCCAGUUGGCAGGAGGCUUGUCGUCUUCGACAAGUCCUGCAGACACCAAUGCAGAAUCUCCAGCUGAGAAAGUGCCAGAAGAGAGUGUCCUGCCUCUAGUUCAGAAAAGCAUACUAGCUGACCCCUCAACCCAGAAGGGUCCUGAAACUGAGUUGGACAAGUCUGCUCCACCACUCCCUCUAAAAAUUGAGGAAUUAGCACCAGCCAAAGGGAUCAUUGAGGAAUCUCUGAAACAGCCAUCUUUGGAACAGAAGGAAGGCAGAAGGGCUUCUCAUACCCUUCUCCCAAGCCACAGAUUGAAACGGUCAGCUGACUCAUCCUCUAGCCGGUCCUCCUCAUCUUCAUCUUCCAGUUCUAGAUCAAGAUCUCGCUCUCCUGAUAGUUCAGGCUCUCAUUCUCACUCACCUCCAAGAUCUAAACAGAGAGAUAUAGCUCAUGCCAACCCUCGUGGUAGAUCCAAGAUGGGCUCCAGAUCAACAUCAGAGUCCAGGUCACGUUCUCGUUCACGUUCAGCAUCAAGCAACAGCAGAAAAGGGAGUCCAAAGAAGUGUGAAGCUGAAGAGGCAGAGCCACCAGCUGCCACACAGCCCCAAACCUCAGCAACUCCAACCUCUCACCUACCAGAAUCAGAAAAGAUUCAUCACACUGUUGAGGAGAAGGAGGAAGUGACCAUGGACACAAGUGAAAACAGACCUGAAAAUGAGGUGCCAGAGCCCCCCAUGCCUAUUGCAGACCAAAUCAGCAAUGAUGACCGCCCAGAGGGCAGUGCUGAAGAUGAGGAGAAGAAAGAGAGUUCGCUGCCCAAAUCAUUCAAGAGGAAGAUCUCCGUUGUCUCAGCUACCAAGGGGGUGCCAGCUGGAAACAGUGACACAGAGGGGGGCCAGCCUGGUCGGAAGCGGCGUUGGGGAGCCAGCACAGCCACCACACAGAAGAAACCCUCCAUCAGUAUCACCACCGAAUCACUCAAGAGCCUCAUCCCCGACAUCAAACCCCUGGUGGGGCAGGAGGCUGUUGUGGAUCUUCAUGCUGAUGACUCUCGAAUCUCUGAGGAUGAGACAGAGCGUAAUGGUGACGAUGGGACUCAUGACAAAGGGCUGAAAAUAUGCCGGACAGUCACUCAGGUAGUACCUGCAGAGGGCCAGGAGAAUGGGCAGAGGGAAGAAGAGGAAGAAGAAAAAGAGCCUGAAGCAGAACCCCCUAUACCUCCCCAGGUUUCAGUAGAGGUGGCCUUGCCUCCCCCUGUGGAGCAUGAAGUAAAGAAAGUGACUUUAGGAGAUACUUUAACAAGACGUUCCAUUAGCCAGCAGAAGUCUGGAGUUUCCAUUACAAUUGAUGAUCCAGUCAGAACUGCUCAGGUGCCCUCCCCGCCCCGGGGCAAGAUCAGUAACAUCGUGCACAUCUCCAAUUUGGUUCGUCCCUUCACUUUAGGCCAAUUGAAGGAAUUGUUGGGACGUACAGGAACUCUGGUGGAAGAGGCCUUCUGGAUUGACAAGAUCAAAUCUCAUUGCUUUGUAACGUACUCAACAAUAGAGGAAGCAGUUGCCACCCGCACAGCUCUACAUGGGGUCAAAUGGCCUCAGUCCAAUCCCAAAUUCCUUUGUGCCGACUAUGCUGAGCAAGAUGAGCUGGACUAUCAUCGGGGCCUCUUGGUGGACCGUCCCUCUGAAACUAAGACAGAGGAGCAGGGGGUACCACGGCCCCUGCACCCUCCACCCCCGCCCCCAGCCCAGCCACCACAGCACCCCCGGGCAGAGCAGCGGGAGCAAGAGCGGGCAGUGCGGGAACAGUGGGCAGAGCGGGAACGGGAAAUGGAGCGGCGGGAGCGAACUCGAUCAGAGCGUGAAUGGGAUCGGGACAAAGUUCGAGAAGGGCCCCGUUCCAGAUCACGGUCCCGUGACCGCCGCCGCAAGGAACGUGCAAAGUCUAAAGAAAAGAAGAGUGAAAAGAAAGAGAAAACUCAGGAGGAACCACCAGCCAAGCUCCUGGAUGACCUUUUCCGCAAGACCAAAGCAGCUCCCUGCAUCUACUGGCUCCCGCUGACUGACAGCCAGAUUGUUCAGAAGGAGGCAGAGCGAGCUGAACGGGCCAAGGAGCGGGAGAAACGACGAAAGGAGCAAGAAGAAGAAGAGCAAAAGGAGCGAGAGAAAGAAGCAGAGCGAGAGCGGAACCGACAGCUGGAGCGAGAGAAGCGGCGAGAGCACAGCCGAGAGAGGGACCGCGAGAGAGAGAGGGAACGCGAGCGUGACAGGGGGGAUCGAGACCGGGAUAGGGAACGGGACCGGGAACGAGGCAGGGAGAGGGACCGCAGAGACAACAAGCGCCACAGCAGGAGCCGGAGUCGGAGCACACCUGUGCGGGACCGGGGUGGGCGCCGCUAGCUGGGAAAACACUGGGGAGAACUGCAGGUAUCAGCCACCCUGCUCCUGGGUGGGGGCGCAAGGCCACAGAGGGAUAGGUACAAUCUCCACCAUCUUGGAACCAGGGGUCUUUCACACCAUUUGCCCAGUGCUGAAGUAUGGCUGCCACCUGUCCCCACAUACCAAACGGAGCAGCGGCCAUCUUUCUCCCAUACGCCCCAUAACCAAUCUCUUGGGAUUUAGCCCUGUCCUUUCUCACAUUUCCCAUGAGGUCUGUGAGAGGGAAGAGCUAGGUUAGAGAGGUGGUUGGCCUAGAGGUGGGGAACAGCCAGGACCCCCACCUCUUUCAUUUUUUCCUCCAUAUUGCUCACCACCUCCUGUGGGUACUCACACCUCUUGGGAACGGCUGGGGCCAGGACUGGGUUACCUAUGAGCUGAAUCAGCCUCUCCUGAGUCCCAGGGCCCCUGCAGUUCCCAGUCUCUUUCUGUCCUGCAGCCUUUCCCUCCUGCCCACCGGUUCCACUUUAUAUCCACCUUUUCCUUUUGUUCAAUUUUUAUUUUUAUUUUUUUUUAUUAUUAAAUGAUGUGGUCUAUGGAAAAUAAUAAAAAUCUGACUUAGUUUUAA